CCUCUCUUCCCUCCCAAAAGCCAGUAAGCCACCCCUGCCCGGGUUCUCAAGCCCUAGCCGAGCUCUUCCUUUCCUUCCUCCCUCCAGCCUCCAGCGCCGGCGCAUCUCCUCUGCCACUCGCUGCCUCCAGUCCAUUCUCAUCCGUCGUCUGCUCCUCUGCUGCUCCCAGCCGGAGGCCGUCCAUGGCGGAGGAGAAGAACAGUUCUUCGAAGCCGAAGGAGACGUACCCUCUAUUCUCCUUCUCGAAUCCCAACCAGCAGGGCCUAGGGUUUGGGCUCUUUGGUUCUCCAGAGAAGCCUCUUCCUCCCCCUCCUCCUUGCGUUGAAGUGCUCCUCUCUGAGGAAUCAUCGACAGUGAAAUCAAAUGUAGAGCCCAUUGUUAUUAACGAUGAGCUCACCCUUCUUAAGGGAAGAGUAAGUACUUUCGAUGUUUUUGGGGUGGCCAAUUCGGAUUUGGUCGCAGGAAAAUACGAAGGAGGAUUGAAACUGUGGGAAGGGUCAGUUGAUCUGGUCAAGACCCUCCGUUCUGAGGUCCGAGAAGGUCGGUUAAUGCUUGAGGGAAAGCGAGUAUUAGAGCUUGGAUGUGGUCACGGUCUUCCUGGGAUCUUUACAUGUCUUGAGGGUGCAGCUGUUAUACAUUUCCAAGACUUUAAUGCUGAGGUCCUCAAGCAUCUGACAAUACCAAACGUAAAAGUCAACCUCAUGAAAAAAUUUUCUCAGCAACAUUUGCUGAUUACAAACAAGACAGAUGUGGGUACCCCUGAUGUACGCUUUUUUGCUGGCGACUGGAGUGAAAUCCACCAGCUGCUGCAGUGUGGAUUAAAUAUGGACCAGCAAAAAGUAACAGAUGAUUCAGAGCAAAAGGGUUGUGAUGGCUAUGACAUCAUAUUAAUGGCGGAAACUGUGUAUUCAUUGUCCUCCCUCCAUAGUCUUUAUGGGCUUAUCAAGAAGUGUUUGCGGUGUCCUUCUGGAGUAAUCUACAUGGCAGGAAAAAAGCAUUAUUUUGGAGUAGGCGGGGGUACCAGACAAUUUCUACAUUUGGUCAAAGAAGAUG